ACUGGCCGCCGACGGCGCGCCUUGGUGACGCAGCCCGGGUCUCAGAGAAGAUGGCGGCGCUGGUGAGACGCUCGAGGUUUGUCGUGCGGCCGCUGCUGCAGGUGGUGCAGGCUUGGGACCUUGACGCGAGGCGCUGGGUCCGGGCGCUGCGGCGGAGCGCAGUGAAAGUGGUGUUUCUUUCCGGAGAGGUGGUGGAACGGAAGCGCGCUCCCGGGAAGCAGCCACGCAAGGCAGCAUCUGAGGCCAGUGCCCAGGAGCAACGAGAGAAAUCACCGCUUGAGGAGUCCACAUCCCACGCUCCCAGCACCUGGCAAGAGUCUGGGCUUCGCUACGAUAAAGCUUAUCCCGGGGACAGGAGGCUGAGGGAUUUUUGCCAAGCCGGACCAUGUUAAGAUGGCAUAUCCAAAGACUCAGCUUCAGCAUUCACUGCCUUUAUCAUUGAUUUGUGACAAUCUCCGUGACCCUGGGAACCUGGGGACAAUUCUGAGAUCCGCAGCUGGGGCGGGCUGCAGCAAAGUGCUACUCACCAAAGGCUGUGUGGAUCCCUGGGAGCCCAAAGUGCUCCGGGCGGGUAUGGGCGCACAUUUCCAGGUGCCCAUUAUCAAUAAUCUGGAGUGGGAAACCGUGCCCAAUUACCUGCCCCCUGACACCCGGGUCUAUGUGGCUGACAACUGUGGCCUUUAUGCCCAGGCUCAGAUGUCUAAUAAAGCCAGUGACCACGGCUGGGUGUCUAACCAACGGUUGCUGAAGUUUCAGAAGUAUGAAGAAGAGGAAGAUGUAGAAACGGGAGCCAGUCAAGAUUGGCUGCCUGAUGUUGAGGUUCAGAGUUACGACUCGGACUGGACAGAGGCGCCGGCAGCUGUGGUGAUUGGCGGGGAGACCGACGGCGUGAGCGUGGAGUCCCUGCAGCUGGCAGAGAGCACUGGUGGCAAGAGGCUGCUGAUCCCCGUUGUGCCUGGUGUGGACAGCCUCAACUCGGCCAUGGCGGCAAGCAUCCUGCUUUUCGAAGGGAAACGACAGCUGCGGGGGAGGGCGGAGCACUUGAGCAGGGACAGGAGUCACCACUGAGAAGGACGCAGAAGUGACUCCUGCUUCAGGACGUCUCCAGCUCCUCCUACACCAGCACACGGGUUGGAGGCUGGCAGAGUCAGUGACUAUGGCCCCCAUGUUCAGGGGGCAGGUGUGAUGCGUCACACGGUUACGGGAAAAAUAAGAACUUCCUCAGAAAGAACAGGUCCAAAUUCUUCCCAUCGGGUCACUAAUUUCAAGGUUCUAUCUUUUUUCUCUUGGUGACCCACAUGGCUCUGUGUGUUUUUAAAAAUUGUCCACCAGGAAGCACUUCGUGCCCAGAAAGUUCCUGAAGCAUCAACCUGGGCAGGGAGGCGUCCACUCCACCAGCUUGUGGGUGUUUGCGAUCGUCAAGCACCAGUUACAGGUCAUAGCCACGUCACUCACAGAUGAUUGUUGGUCGGUGGAGAAUAAACUAUGAGCAGCGGAUUACGUUAAACAGUUGUUUUGUGUGGUUGGUGUGUCACAGUACCUGUCACGUUUGGCCUGGUAACGAGGACGUGGCUAAGGGAAUACCAGAAAGCUGAGGGCUAAACUGUUGGCAUCCAGUAGCUCUGCUCUGGGCUCAGAUGAUCUGUCUUUGAGAUUGUUCAUGCCUUCACUGAGCCACUGUUUAUGUAUCCAUAGAAAUGGCUUAAUUUAACAGGCUGUGUCAGACCUUGGCACCUCUGCAGAUAUCUUUUUGAGGAUUUUUGCAGAGACGGAAGUCUAUGCAGAAAACUGAAUUUCAAAAUCUGCAGCCUUACCCUGCAUUUGUCAUGAAAGUGUCACUGUUUCCUGGUUCCCUGUGUUAGCACGACUUACGUCUCACCCCCCGAUGUUUAGAGGCCAAGGUUCUGAGGAUGAACGCCCACAACACAACGGCAGGACCCUUCUGUUCUCUCAGCCCCUCCAGGGACCAGGGCAAGCUGCAUCUUUACCUACCAGCGGCCAAACCAGGAUGAAGCCAGGGCAGGUGCUUCAGGGCAGGUGCUGAUGCUGGUCACUGUAUCUAUAUGGAACUGUGGGGACGGGGUGGAUGGGGGGAGUAUGGGACUCACUUUAAGCACUGCUUUUGCGGCCACACACAACAUGGUUGGAGUUGAGACCACCACCAGACGUGCUUCUCCACACCCUUCUGCCCAGCGGCUCCCGUAACAGUUUGGAUUCUUUGGGAGCCCCUCAGCUGCUCACUCCAGGGAGGUCAAGUGUGUCGCUGGUGUGCCCAGGAGAAACCAUGCCCCCCAUCCCUUCUUUUCUACUCCCCCAACUUCCUGGUAAAACUUCCUCGUGGGAGAACCAAAUGACUAAGCAUGGUUCACGUGCCAGGGGGGCAGGGUGGGAUGCUCUGGCAUGUUCCAGGGGACGGUGUUUGCAGGGACAGCGUCCUCCCAGGCUGACAUUUGAAUAUUUGAGCAUCUGCUCCGGGGCCCCGCUGUGGUCUGGGCCUCCCCAGAGCUGCACAUGCAAGUGGCUGCCCACAACACUGCUCACAAAGGCUAGAGCAGAGGACAGGCGGACGGGCGGCCUGGAGAACGCAAAUUCAUCCCAUUCCAGUCUCCCCAGACACCUCAGGAAAGUGCUCAAGAAGCAGGAGUCAGGAAAAGGAAGCUCACAUCUUUCCAGCCUAAAACCAAUCUCCUGGGAUUUGUUCCCUGGGUUAUACUCACGCUGACUCUUGUUACAAAAUAACAGUGAAAGAAUAAACCAUGUAUUUACCUUG